AUGACACCUGACACAUCGCCGGCUCACCGUUCGUCGAACUUUGUGUUGCAGGACAUGUCCGACGUGUGCGUUGGGACCAGCGUGGGGACCAUUACGGAGCCGGAGUGUUUGGGACCCUGCGAGCCCGGCACUUCCGUCACCCUCGAGGGCAUCGUUUGGCACGAGACCGAAGGAGGUGUACUAGUGGUGAACGUUACGUGGCGGGGUAAAACGUACGUCGGGACCCUGUUGGACUGCACGCGUCACGAUUGGGCGCCGCCACGUUUCUGCGACUCGCCGACCAGCGACCUGGAUGCCCGCACGCCUAAGGGUCGCGGUAAACGCGGCCGUGCCGCGGCCAACUCCACGCCCGGCAACGACCUGAGCAACUUCACGGAGACGAGGAGUUCCGUGCACAGCAAGCUGCGCAACGGCGGCAAGGGUCGUCGGGGCGCGCAGGGUUCACCAGCGGCCAGCCCGAGUCCGGCGGCAUUUGUACCGCCGCGGCCGGAUCCGGCGGCGAAGCGGAAGUCUCGCGGGCCCGAGGAGGAGCAGGACAAGAACAAGCGACGGGCACCGCCGCCGACGCCGCCCAGCGGCUCGCCACCCGCUAGUCCAGUGUUGCUCGAGUGUCCCGAGCCGAACUGCAGUAAAAAGUACAAACACAUCAACGGGCUCAAGUAUCACCAGAGUCACGCACACGGUUCCGCCGACGACGACGAUACGAAGGAGGGCAUUACAAGUAUGUCGGAGAACGACGAGAGCAAUAUCGAGGCACCGAGCCCUGCUACACCAGUAAAGUCGCCUGCGGACAAGCCCGAGGGAACGCCGGUGAGAGCGGUGAGUCCGCCGGCGGCGGGACUGCCACCGGAAACGCCGCCGCCGCCCCCGCGGGUCCCAUCGCCCAGCAUAGAACCACCCACGCCUGUGCUCGCGGACAAAAGUAUUGUCAAGCCAGGCGUACUCAGGUUCGGCCAGGACGAUCUGCCAGCACCCACUUCUACGGCGCCAUCGAGGCAACAGCAGCAAUCUGUGCAACAGCAACAACAGCAGCAGCAGCAACAGCAGCAGCAACAACAACAAAAUCAAUCGUCGUUAGGCUCAUCGAACCCGCCCCAGAGUCCCAGUCCGCAUCCCAGUCAGUCCCCCAGGCCCGUGCCUUCGCCGCAUCCAAGCACGAACAUCCCCCAACCCCUCAAUAUACCGCAGCCACCACAGCCGUCUCAGAUGCAACAGUCGCAUCAAUCGCAGAAUUCUCUUCUGCAACAAGCGCAGCAGUCGUUGCAACAAGUCGGCCAACCGCCGCAACAACAGCUACAGCCUGGCGUUGGCAGCCAGCAACAGCAGCAGCAACUGCAGUCAUCGGUUCAACAACAACUGCCGCCGGCGCAUCAGUUGCAAACGGUGCAGCAUCCCCUGUCGGCUCAACUGGGCCAGCCCGCGCAGGCUCACGUGGUGCAGCCGUCUGGAUUGCAGCAACAGCAACAGGCCAGUCUACAAAGCAUAGCCAGUCAGCACGCAGGUUUACAGAAUCUUGCGAGCCAGGUGUCGCAACAAGCAGCGGGUUUACAGGCGGCACCGCCACCGUCAAGUCAUCCGGGUCAGGGUGUACAAUCGCACUUGCAACAGUACCCGACUGCGGUAUCGUUACAUGCCGCCGCGGCAAAGAUGCCACAGUUCAAAGUAAAACCUACGGCUGCGCUAAUGCCGGAACAGGACAAGAGCAAGACAAGCGCGGACGCGCGCGUUUCCAAGCCGCAGGGCUACAAGAAGAAGUCGCGAAAAUCGCCUGGCGGCAGCCCGCACCCAUCGCCCCUCGAGGCGCCGAUCGUCGAUUCGGCGCGUGAUGACGUACAAAGCCCGGCCUACUCGGACAUAUCGGACGACGCGGCGCCGGUGCUCGAGGCCGAACCGGUGGACAAGUCCAAGCAGAGUCAGGAAAAGGACAACAAGGCCACGGCGCCAGCGCAUCUGCCCGCGCACUUUAGUAUGUACCCGUACUAUGGUCAGUCACCUUAUCUGGUGUCCAACGUUUCGGACAGCAAGCCGGUGGUAGACCAGAAGCCGAGCGAUCUUACGCCCAAGCAGGAGAUGAAACCGCUUAACAUACCGCAGAUGCCUUCGAUGGCGAGCUUACAGAGCGUCGUGUCGGAAAAAGAGAAGAAGGAGCUAAGUCAACCGUUACCGCAGCCGCAGCAGCAGCCGCAUUACUAUGGCGGUUACGGUGGUUAUAUGCCGUCAGGCUAUGCCUACCAGCCACCGCAGCCAGUCUCGCAACAGCAACAGCAACAACAGAGUCAGCAGUCGCAGGACCAGGAGCCGCAUGAGCAAAAGGCCAAGAUUAAGCAAGAGCCACAGCCACAGCCGAGUCUGAAAGACAAGCAGCACGAGAACCAUCAGAUACUGAAGGAGAGCAUCGAGAUGAAGAGUCAGAUGAGUCCGUACCACGUUUACCACAGCUCGCAGAGUCAACGAGCGGCACCGCCGCCACCUCCUCCGGGACCUGUUCAAGACGACAGAAGGUAUUACCUGUAUCCGAGUGAACAAAGGAGAAAAGAGGAAGCAAAUAAACAGAGCCAACAAGCAAAGGCACCACCGCCCAGUCCGAAACAUCAGCCGAAGCAGGAAAAACCACAGGAUCUCGGAAAGAGCGAAGACUCAAAGAGCAAGCAGGAGGGCGUAAAGCCGACGAUGGAGACUCAGGGACCGCCGCCGCCUACCUCGCAGUACGCUUACAUUCAUCCCAGUUACAUGCAGCCACAACACUACGGUGCGCUGCCAUUCGAUCCGGGUCACCCGGUCUACCGCGGCCUCAGCCCCAUGCUGGUACCCGGUCCGUAUUCGAGUAACCCCUAUCUCCACCAGCUACCUAGGUAUCACGCGCCGGAGGACCUCAGUCGGCCACCCGGCGGCAAAGCGCUGGACUUGCUCCAACAUCACGCCAAUCAGUAUUACUCGGCGCACAAGAUACACGAGCUCCAGGAGCGCGCGCUCAAGUCACCGACGCCCAAGACAUCCGCGGCGUCCGCCAGCCCGUCUUCGGCGGGCCCGACCCCUGCCCGGCCCCCUAGCGGCCCGCCUACGUCGGUUGCGGGCCCGGGCCCACCGCCGGGCCAGGGUCAGCAGCCGUCCGGCAAGCAGCAGGGUCAACCGGGUAGCCAGCAGCAGCAGCAAGGCGCGGUGGAUGCCAGCGGCGGCAACCUCGGCAAGGACAACAGAUCGCCGCCUCCACAGCGACACGUGCACACGCAUCAUCACACUCACGUGGGCCUAGGGUAUCCCCUGUUGACGGGGCAGUAUCCCGCUCCCUACGGAGGUAAGCCUCUCGUCAGACCCUGACAGUAAGGCGACCCGCGGGACCCAGUGAAGCGAGAGAACCAGAGAGAACGAGAGAGAAGCAUGAGCGUAAUGUCGUGAGAACGAACGCAUACGUGCAUUAGGACCGUUUUCGUUGCGUGUCGUGGGCGUGCCGCGUUCUCUGGUGAACUCUAAGGACGGAUGACGACGAUGCGAGUCGAAAGCGUGAUGAGAGGUGUCGAGCGUUCGAGCGUUUGCGAUAGACCGCGGUUUGCGAACGACGAAGCUGAACUUUCAGGAUCAUGCGCUUAGACUCGAAGGUGCGGUGCGUUUGCGAUAAUGCGGUAGAUCGCUGAGACAUGAACUCGGUAAUUCGUAGGCUUUUUAUUAAAUCUUGAAUUCUUCGAAAUGACACCGUGAACGAAAUUAACAGCCGGCCUCUAAAAACAUUUUAAGUGUACGACGCGAUACGAAUUGUAAGUGCGUUUUAAAUAUAUGCGUUUGCACGCUGACAUGUUUUCGGCGCGAGGUCGAAUUGGACAGUACAAAAACGACUUCGACGACGAGUAAGAAACGGCGAACAGCCAAUUUUAGUUUCGAGAUGAAUCCGGACGAAUGUCCGACAAAAACGGGUAAAACUCGGCCAGGUAUUAUUUAGAGCCUGAGUGUCUAAACCGUACACCAUAUUGGUGCAUAAAAAAUUGAGAAGAAAGAAAAAGGAAAGAAAAUUACUUGUGGAUCUUGAUGUGCAACAAGGAACUCGCGUGGCAGGAGCCCUCUCCGUUCGAGAGUCGAUCCACGCGCAGAGUCUCCGCCGAGGUACUAUUUUAUUACCAGACCAAUAAGAGACGCGCUUCUUCUUUUGUACAAAGGCAAAAAUAUUAAAAUGUGUGAAUAUCGAUUGAACCUCUUCUAUAUGGGUCCCGCGUUGAAGACCCGAACGACAAUUGUAAUUAAUUUAUCUUCGAUUGUACAUUCUGCGGGCGCGGUUCGCUCGCGCUAUAGCGUUGCAUUUUUUUUAUCAUAUAUAUAUAUAUCGGUCGCGGAAUUCGUGCACGUUCUCUCUUCAGUACGGAUUUAAAAUACCAAUUUACCGUGAAAAUUCAUUCUUCAGCUUUAGUAUUAAACACUUUAAAUUGAGAACUUAUGAUGUAAAGCUUGAUUUAAACGUAAGAGAAGAUUUUCUGUUUGAAUGGCACAUUUGCCAUUUCAUUCAUUAAAAUUUUUCAGUCUUUUAAAUUGACUUGCAAUCCAGAAAAAUACUUUCGAGAUAUUCUGUUCAGCGUCGCCAGUGUCCGUAGUUGAGAGAAAGCGUACGACAUCCGAAACAUUCUGUAUAUCUAUACAUAUACGUAUGUAACGAGUCUCGUAGCGACGAAUUGAAUAUUUUGGAAAUAUUGAAGUAUAACUGCGGCCGUGUGUAGAUUAGCCAUGUAAGCUGUGUACCGCAAGUAGGGCGCAAGUAAGGAUUAGACGUAUAGUUCAGACUGUGAUAAUUAUUUAUCGUGCUUCUUUCCGGAACGGAAGAAAAGUUAACAGGAUUUUAUGGGCGAGAUCACCCGGCUGCGGGUGAUAGGCACUCGCAUAUAAUAGUAACGAUGACGCUAACGACCUCAUCGAGCUUGAUAUGGAUAUCGAUGCCAGCGCUAAUGUUGAUAUUGAUGGUAUGCGCGAGGAAUACAGUCUCUAUUGGAACGUAUAAAUUAAAAGGUCUAGAUGCCAAAAAGAAUGUUAUAGCUUAAAGAAAGUGUUAUUUU